CUGCGCAACAGCCUCAAGCACCAUUAUAAGAGUCCGCGCCACGCGAGAAGGCCGUCCCCAGCCGAGAGGAGAAACAAGCAAGACAAAGGAUCUUAAGUGUAGAGAAGAUGGCCGAGGACUCGUCCAGAGCCUCAUCACCCGAGCCUGGAGAGGCACCGCCGCCCAGAGGCCGCAUCAUCCAGCUCAACACGUCGUCCCGUAGUUCAAUGGACCGCCAGGCGCUCGAGACUGGACGCUCCCCAGCCUACAGCAGCCAGAGCCAACAGUGGCGCAGCGGCUCUCCACCCCGUAGUCGCUUCCCUCGGCCCUACAGCAGCAGUGGAGGUGGACGUGGCGGCUACUUCAAGCGCCAACAAAUGAGCUACGAAGGAGGCGCCAUGGGAGCCUCGUACCCGAGAGAACGCGUCUUCUCGCGCUCUAGAGGUCGCUCAGUCUCUCGCUCACCCUCUAGAGCGUCACAACGCACGCGAUCUCGCUCCAGAUCGCACUCUCCGCGCUCUCCCAAGUCUCCACCGCGCUCUCGAUCCCGCUCACGCUCCAGAUCUUUCUCGCCCAGAGGCCACCGUACGUUUGCUAACUGGGAACGAGGUGGACGCAGCUCAGGAGCUCCACAAUAUGUCUCUGGACGAGGACGUGGAGGCAGCUUUGACAGUCGACAGCGUGGACGCGAGAGAGACUCGUGGCCGAGAGGCGGAGGACGUGGGGGUGGACGAUACGUCAACUACCAGCGCGGCAAUCGCUUCUACCCCAAGGAAGUCCGAUACAAAAUGGCUGCACCCUUACCGCAUCGUCGAUCCAUAAGUCGAGACCGAGGCAGCAGUGAAGCAAGCGCAACGAUGACAAGCAGCUACCGCGACCGACAGAUGCGCGACUAUGAACCAGGAUAUCGUGCGCGAAUGAGAGAGCGAGACACGAGGUCCAUGUCGCUCGUACGCUCGUCGAGCUAUUCGUCGGACUAUUACAGAGACAGUGAGCCGUCAGCUAGCGCGGAGGAAGGUGAAGAAAAGCCCGAAGAAAGCCACGUUACGACCAGCGAGAGAUCGACAGGAUCACGCACGCCUAGUGAAACAGGAAGCACGGACCGGGAUAUGACGGAUAGUAUGAGACGAGUGGCGUCUGCGUUGCCUCCUCGACCUCAUGCUGACAGUCAUGCGUCAUACCGGAAUGAAGUAGAUCUGGAUGAAAGUUAUGGAGACAGGUCUCCUCCAUCUUACAGGAAGGAGAGACCAUCGAGGCGGAUGAUGGAUGAUGUGGAGUAUCGUGGAUCUGGGCACUCACGGUCUGCGUCGAUGGAGGUUGAUGAAGGUGGGAGGAGGAGAAUAGAGAGGUAUCAAGCAGCACCCCGUGCAUCUGCGAAUGACAUUGUGAAGGAAGAAUCUUCUGCCAAGUCAGUGGAUGAAUUGCAUGGCAAAGAUGCUGAUGAUAAAGUCCAGAGUGACGAUUCAAGUGCAGCAGCAGCUAGUACGGCUGUUAGCGAGGACGACAAAGUGGCGGUGGAAACUGGCGAAGCCAGCUUGGGGGAAGCGCAAAGCAAUGCCGAGAAGAAGGAUAUCCACCACAGCUCUAAAAUUGAGACCUCUCCGACCCUUCCUUCAUCCGAUGCUAUCAAAGAACAGAACUCAGAGGAAGUACGACAGAAAUCGGACCUGACGUCUCCAGAGGCGUCUGGCAUAGUGGAAGAUGAAGUACUGUUGCUCAAGGAGGAUCCAUCCUCGUCUAGUGAACGAGCGCUUACUUCUCCUAGUGUUGAGGUUGACGUCAGCAAUGAAGUAAAUGAUUUGGCUGCAGUGACUUCCACUGUGCUGUCUGCUGAAGAUGAUAAGAAGUUGGAGACGAACGAACGUCGUGAUCAAGAACCACAAGCAGACAAUCGUGACGGUGAGGAAAACACUGGCGCUACAAAGGGUGACGACGUUGAGAUGGAGGAUGCUGUAGAUAACUCGAUCAAACAUGAGGAGGAUCAGGCUCAUUUGGAUCCCGAGAAACAGGUAACGGCAGAUGUGGAGAUGAAAAGUGUCGAUGCUGAUGACGAAAAGCGUACAGGCCAAGAGGUGACUCCCGACGAAGGUAACCAACCUCAUCUGGAGCUUGAUACAGACAAACCUACCGUUGAAGCAACUGCUAAGCCUAAGGAAGUUGUCACCAGUGAUACUGAGACUCAAGAAGUUGAAGAGGGCGAGAUGGUAGUAGAGAAUGACUCUGCAAAAAUUGAGACCCCGGCUGCUGUUGACAUUACUUCCAGUGCUGGUGAGGGAGUUCCACGCAGUAUUCCUUCGGAAGACAGUCGGGAAGGGAUGCGUGCUGCAGACACCGCAAAAGCCAACGUUCCACCUGUAGUGCGUGAAAAGCGGGUGAAAAUUGAGCGCAGCAGAACUGAUCCAUCGUCGAAUGUAUACAGCGACAACAUUAAGCCUCGAUCAACAUCUUUUUCCUCGUUUGGUUUGCCAAACAGUAGUCGGCGUGAUGGAAGUGUUCGUGAAGAAGGUAUUAGCUCCGAGUCGGAGUUUUCACUGAAGACGGCGCGUGGAGAUAAGCGAGGACCUUUGCAGAAGCUGAGAGAUGAGGCUUCGCCUUUGACCCAUAAGAAUUCGCCACAGCAAAGUGGACGUCCAGCACUCGACCGUCGUGCGUCUUUCUCGACAUUACUGGAGCGUGGUCAGUUUACGUCGUCAGAAACUCGACAAACAGGUUAUGCUAGUGGCAGUAAAACUUCUCGCUCGACUUCAUCUUUUGCUGCAAUGACGUCACCUCCGAAGCCCUACGAACACAAUACGGAUGGCCGAAGGAGAACGCUUCAUGACAAUGUGAGGAGAGAAGACGCGGUGAAAAGAGAACUGCUGCGAGCAGGAUCAAUGGACAGUAUGAUGGACAGACAUUCCCAGCGUUCAUUCCCAAUGGCGCAAGCGGUCAGAGAUUCAUCUACGAAUGCCUCUUAUUCACCCAGCAGACGAGAUGUAGGCGAUGCACGUGCUUCAAGACCACGAGAAGAGAUGCCAGCACUACCGGAUAUUCCUCUUCCAAGUGAUGUAGUUCGUGGGACCUCAUCGCCAACUGUUCUCGGAGAUGGAACGCCAACGAAGCGACAGCGACCACGGUUGGGCUGGGGCCAAGGGCUCGUGGCACAGUCACCACCUCAGCCAGCAAAGCGACCACGUAUUGGAUGGGGCCAGGGUCUAAUGCAGAAGAAAGACGACACUUCGGUUGACAAAGAGAAGACCUCACGUGAAGGAGGAGACGCAUCUGCUAAUGCUAACGCUGGGAAGACUGAUGGAACCACCGUGGAGAGCCUUACAUCUCGGAAUGAUCACCCAGAAGUCAAAGAUGAAGUGGUCGGGUCUGCCAGUGGUGCUUCUGAUAGCAAGGAAGUAGGGCUUCUUGGGGUACAGACCUCAGUAGCAACAACUCCAGAGAAAGAGGAGCAGUUGAAGACAGCUGCUGCUGAGAGUUCUAUCACUGAUGCAGUGGAUAAGGCUGGAGACCUGAGGAUGACCGAGGCUGGUGAUAUUGAACAAGAUGACGUAGCGCCAGCAAAACCUUCAAAAGAAGACAUUCUCUCCACGAUUGACGUUCUGGAUUCGGAUAUUGUAGGCGUGAAGAAGCAGAUGAAGGCGCUGCAGAGAAUGAUUGCAAGUGGGGAGGCCAAGCAGGAGUCGUUUUCAGCACAAGAUGAUAUGGAAUUUGUGUCGACGGGUGAACCUGAAUCGGCUGCCAAAGUGGGAAGCACUUCAACAGAUCAAACUAGGGGAGAUUCACCAGGUUCCUCUUCUGUUAUGUCGCCUGACCAGGCCCUUGUGACGUCUCCAGUGAAGGUAGCGGUGGAUUCGCGAUUCGUGGAGUUGCUAGCGGGCGUGUUCUCGGAUAAUCUCCGCAAAUCGAUUGCCGCAAAUGAGCAACUCCCGAAGCGAACGGAGCGAGGACAAUUGGCGACGAAAAUCUACCAUCAACCCAGUGAUUAUGCGUUUUAUCAGGAGAACAUUGAUCGCGGAUCGGCGAUUGCUGACCAAGUCCGAAUGAAGGUGCGUAUGCGGAAUCGUGCUCGUCAUGACUACAUGAAGAAACUCGCGCGGGAAUAUGUGGACCUGAAGAAGUCGUGGAAGCAGGGAGUGAAGAAAAUGGAGAAGGAUAGGAAACGACAGGACAAGUUACGCCUCAAGCAGCUGCAGAAGCAGAAGCUGAAAAGCUUGAGUGAAAGUGGACCUAUCCGAACGACGAAUACCAAUCAUCAAAGCCCCCAUGUGCAGCAGUUGGUCGCAGCUGAAAAGGCGGCUGAAGCUGCAGGAGGUGAGGGGACAAUUGUGCGAACGUCGUCUCGGUUGACGAACAAUUCCAGUGCUGACUUGGAGAAUAACGACUUGGAGAAGAUUGAACAGGCGAAGGCACAGGCUCUUCUGGACCAGGAAGUAAGGAAGAAGCGAUUGAAAAAUGCCCUAUCAACCGUCAUUCCAGAUAUGCUGAUCACCCCGGCGGAACGACAACAACGGUACUUCACCCGCUUCGCUAAUGGCCAAAGCUGCAUGGCUGAUGGACUUGUGACGGACUGGAAACUGAAGGAAAAGGCGGAGAUGAAAGUGAAUCCGUGGAAUGAUCUGGAGAAGUGUAUUUACAUGGAUAAAUUCCUGCAGUUCCCCAAAAACUUCCCUCGAAUCUCAUCCUACUUGAGGAAUAAGACUACGGGAGAUGUAAUUGCCUUCUACUAUCGAACUAAAAAGGUUGCGGACUACAAGGCGUUACUACGAGAGCAGCAGUUACGGCGUCGUGGAGCAGGAUCAAAGAAUACUUGGAGCUGUUGGAACCUAUCAGCGUGUGCAGCUAUUUGCCUUGGCGUGCAAUUCCCAGAGCACAUAGCGAAGCUGUUACUACACCCGUCGAAUUUUCGCUCGCAUCAAGCUUCUGACAACAUUCUUAACUCUCCUGGAGCUCAGCGGUUGUUACGUAGCUCUACAACGAAGGCAGAGGGAGAGGGUAACGUGGCGACUAGCAGUGCAGAAAAAGCCACGGAUAGUGCGGAGGGGAAGUGUGCGUUGGAUAUUGUGUCUGGAUCAGACCACACACCGUGUGUUCGCUCGUCAUCGGCAGACUCGGGAGUGCUACUCGACGAUGUUAUCAAUUCUGGAGAUUCCGACACGUCCGAUGAAGAAAAGUUCAAUUUGUACACGCAGCAGCUCGAGCAGUUCGUUGCCGGACAGCAACGGCCAUUCCUGGUUGACUAUGCGUCACUGUUCACUGAUAACUCUUACAGUACGGGCUAUGAAGUGUCGACUCUGUCUAUUGAGGAGCGUCUGAAGAAGUACCCAACGCCAAGCAAGGAGCUGGAGUCUGCUACUGGUGUGACUGCAGGGGGUAGUUCUACUAGCGCUGCUCUAGAAUCUACGAAGGUGAAGCAGCAGAGUCAGCCGGCAGGGUCCACUGCAAACCCGAAGAGCGGUGGUACUCAGUUGACAAAGAAAGAACUGAAGCAGCAGCGAAAGCUCAAGAAAAUGAUGGAAGGAGCUGCGGCGGCUGCAGCAGGAACUCCUACGUCAGCGUCGGCGUCUAUCCAAACAGUUGGGAAUUCAGGAGAGAAAAGUGGAGGCAACCGGAAGAAAAGCGCAGGUUCCUCAUCGAACUCAAGUGCUUCGUCCAACAACCGUAACACUCCUCGCAUUUCAGUUCUAGGAGAUGAAAAGGUGGCGCAAAGUGGAAAGAAAACGAGUCGAGGUGGUGGUGCGACGCCAGGUCCACGUCGGAACAACCAGACGAAUGCCAGCAACGCUUCUCCCAAGAUCAAUGUGGUGUCAAGCUUGUCGACAGCAGGGACAGCUACUAUAUCGAUCACUGCACCUUCAACAGGGGCAGUGAAGAAAAACUCAGGUGGAAGUUCAACACCUCAAGUUAACGCUAGGACGUCAUCUCCAUCAGGAAAUACAGGAGUUGUCAACAGCGCGAAUGCAGCUCCUGCGAAGCGUGUGGUGCAGAAGUGGACGGAAGGAGAAAAAGCGGAUUUUCUCAAGUAUUUCUCACAAUAUGGUAAGGAUUGGGCAACGCUGACGGAGAAUAUCCCGACGAAGACUGCAGCACAGAUCAAGAAUUACUACCAGAACUACAAGAACCGACUGAACUUGCAAGAUAUUCUAAAGCGUCGAAUUGAAAAUGCAGCAGCCAGUGGAAGCGGUAAGGGAGCUGCUGGAGUGGCGAGUGGCAACGCCACUGUCUCGCCUCGGUCUGCUGCGGCUGGUUUAAUGAGCGGCACAUUGCGACAGAUGGGACGCCCGGUUGAUCUCCCUGGAGGCAUGUCUAUGGGGAUGCCGAGUGGCUCUAUGGCUAUGACCGUUAGUGAUCCGAACAUGUCGUUCCAGGCUGCGCUAAGUGCAGCUCAGCCUGGGAUGCACGGAGUUAAUGUGCUGUCGGAGCUUUCAGUGAACCAGUUUGCGAUGCAGGCUCAUCAAGAUCAACAGCAGUCGCGAGAAAUGAUUAACCCAGCAUCGAACCCAGAGCGUUAUUUGAAGCUGCUGAAUAUGCAGCAUCAAUUGCAGAUCAUGCAGUUCCAGCAACAACAGAAAUCGCAGGGGAUGACGUCGGAAGCAGCGGGAAACAACAAUAAUUCGUACCAUGAAAGUCAGAUGAAUGCGGCGAAUGCACAGCGGAUGUAUCAGUUCUCGCGCCAGCAACAGCAGCAACAACAACAGCAUCAAGUACCGCCACAACACCUGUCGAUGCAGGCUCUGCAACAAAUGGGACUACAGGGUCAUGCUCAAGCUCCAACACACGGUCAAAUGAUGCAGAUCCAACAGCAACAACAAGCGAGAGGCUCUUACGCGGAGAUGGGGCAUCCAGGAGGGAUGUAUCAAUCGGUGCCGCAGGUGCAGAACCAACACUCGCAGGGCAUGGCUGGUGCUGUGCAACUGUCCCCAGCACACGCUCAGCACUACGACAGACAAGUGGAUGCUGGUGGCAAUGUCCCUACGGAUGGAGGUGCUGUGCCAGCUAGGGGCAAUGCUGGAAUCGUCUCAAGUCAGAUGGGAUCCCACGAGGUCCCGCAGCGUUCGAUGAUGAGUAUGGCGAUGAUGAACGCAUCAACAUGCGGAAGUGUUAGUUCGACCCCUCAGGGUGUUGCAGCGAACAGCGCGAACCAGCCUCCGCUGGCUCCUCCUCGUUCAGUGUCGAUGGAUGCGAACAGGCAAACGGAGGCGUGGAAAUCUGCACCUGCUUCCACCGCCGUGAAGAGUGAAGAGACCACGAAUAGUACGACUGCAACGCCGGCUGCAGAAGAUAACGUACCGAAAGGCCGUGCAGCACUGGCACCACCUGUGCCGCCCCCGGUGCAGCCUGUUCGCAGUCGAAUGUCGUUCUCGUCCAUCCUGAACGAGUCGGAGUCACCACGGGAUGACUCAACUCCGCGAGGCCACGGCUCCAUGGUGAUACGACAGCAAGACUCACCACGCGAGCAGCAGCAGCAGCAGAAGGAACAGCAACCACCGCUCCGUAUCGAGCAUGCACGGGCGAUGCCGACCUCUGCUGCUGAGUUGGCACGAUCUCCAGUCUCUGCUCCGAGUCCAACGGCUCAUUUGCUACCGAGAAGGUCUUCUGUCCCUGCCCAGCAUAACCGGAUGGGUCUCAUGUCGAGUCUUCUGAAUGUGCCGUCACCUGAUCGCAGGGCGUCAACUCCUGGUCAUCAGUCGCCUUUGGUUCAUCAACAGCAGCAGCAAAUGCAGCGCCAGAUGCAGCCAGGUCGCUACUAUGAUGCAAACGCCAGCAGUGCUGAAAGUGCUGGAACAGCGUCGCGUGGCUCGAUUGCCAUGGUGAGUGGCAUGCCUGCGUCGUCUACCAUGUCGUCUGCGAUGGCCCGUACCAGUCCGAGCGAGAAAAUGACUUCAAGCGCACAAAGCAUGUCUUCGUAUACCAACACGUCUGCUCAGAUGGCUGUGACGUUGUCACGCAGCGGCUCGGGGUCGUCCACCUCGUCAGCAGUCUCGAACGCAGGCCAGUCCGGAGACCCGCGAGCUCAGCAGCAGAUGUGGAACUACGCACCGCAGAUUCGCUUCGAAGAAGCCGAACUGUUGCGACGAGCUCAACGCGCAGAGGAAGAAGCUGCUCGAGCGCGAGCGGCAGCAGCCGCAGCGGCUAAAGCUCUUCAGGAAGCGCAGCAAGCUCGACAACAAGCGCUGGACAUGGCUGCCAACAUGGCGCGGUACAACAAUGCGAUGCAACACCAAGCUCAAGCUCAGGCUCAGCAGCAACAGGCGCAACAGGCGCAACAGCAAGCCCAGCAGUACCAGCAACAACAGGCUCAAGCUCAACAACAGCAAGCCCAGCAGUACCAGCAGCUCCAACAAUACCAGCUUCAACAUCACCAGCAGAUGCAGCAACAACAGCAGCACGAGUAUCACCAGCAGCAUCAAGCGCAACAGCAUCAAGCGCAGCAGCAGCUUCACCAGCAGCAAAUGCAACACCAAGCGCUUCAUCACCAUCUGCAGUUGAUGCAACAGCAGCAACAACAGCGAUCUGCUGUGUCACCCAGUGACCAUCUCCUCCAACAGCAGAUGCAUCAACAACAGCAACAGCAACAGCGUGGACCGCAGUCGGAUCGGUAGCAAGACAAUCUGAUCCAUUUGAUAGAAGACAACGAGCACGCGUAACUACCAAUCUAUGGGGUCAAUAUAUAUUAUGCGUUACAGCAUUAA